AUGAUCUCUGAAACUGGAGAAAAUAUGGAAUUACAGAACGAUGAAACUGAAAAUGAACUUCAAUUAGAAUCUGCUGCCAUACUAAUGCAGCAACAGGAACAAUUUGCCUCGAAAAUUAUGAAACAAAAUCUUGAAAUCAUCAAAAAAGAGGCAGAAGUUAACCAAUUGGAGAAUAAAACAAUUAUAAUAGGAUUGAAAGAAGAGAUUUCAAAAUACCAAGCAGAAAUUGACGAAUUAACAAAGCAAAAUAACGAUCUCCAACUACAAGCCAAAGAGUCUAAUUCAAAUGCAUUGUUAUCAGAAAGCAAACUCAAAACUCUCGAGAAACGUAUAAUUAACGAAUUUGGAGUUGAAUCAAUAGAAAAAGGAUUUGAAUCUCUACAGCACUUGUUUAGAUGCCAGCGAGAGUUGGAAUCUGCUAAAAUUGUAAUCCAAAAAUUACAAAUAGAGCUCUCAAGUGAAAAAAUUAAACCUACAAAGAAUCAAAUUGAGCCUAAAAGGGCAGAGAAUGCUGAACUUAUUCAUAAAAUGCAACUUACAAGUGAUAAAAUCUCUGAUUAUGAAGCUCAAAUCAAAACUCAGUCAGAUGAAAUUUUAAAUCUACAAAAAGAAUUGGCAGCAGCUCAAACCCAGAAUCAAAAACUUUCAGAACUGAAUAACACUCUCUCAGAACAGUGCAAAUUACUUAAGUCAGAAUUAAAUCAAACAAAAUUUGAUUUCGAACAAUCUUCAGCCGAAAUCACUAACCUCAAUGACAGAAUCCGUACCAUGAUCGAUGAACAUUCUGUUGAACUUAAAAACAGAAAAAUGGAAUCAAUAAAUGAACACAGAAGAUUGAAAUUAAUAGAUUCUAUCGGAGAUAGAUGCGAACCAUCGUUUGCUGCUCUUGAUGUAGCUUCUCCACUUUAUGAUUUAUUCAGAAAACUCUCUUCUUUCUUAAAAGUUUCAAGUAAUGUUUCAAUCAAUAACGAAAUCUUGCAAGGAUCAUUUACAGAUUUACUUUCUGAAGUCAGAUCAGUUGCUGAUAGAUCUAGAGGCUAUCAAAACGGCUUUGCUCCUAAUGUUCAACAACUAAUUAACACAAUUGAAGAGAAAAAUAAAGAAAUUUCUGAACUAAAAGAAGAAAAUGAAGAUUUGAAAUCUAGAUCAGAUUUCCUAGAGCAAAAUGAUGUAAGUCCUAAUUACGCGGCAGCUCUGAAAAAGAUCCAAAGAUUAGAAACAGAAAACAAAAGUCUUUCUUCCAUGAAUCAAAGUUUGAGGAGUAUGUCUUUAUCUCCAAGAUCUCCCAGCUCGAAAGUUUUGUUUUAA